UUGAGUGAUACUUGGCGUUAUCGCGAAGAAGGAAAGGUAACGCGAAUCGAUCCACUCGUUCUUUCGAUGGAACGAAUUCGUGUUACCUGACGUACGGAAUCCUUCGUUUUUUGUAUCUGUGAGAAUGAAUAAAGAUCAAAGUGAUCUUCAACCUGACUACUUUGCCCUACGUGGCGACCAUGGCCCCGGAACGAAGAUGGAGGCGCUGCAACACCAGCGGCCUGUUUCCGCCGGCGAACACCACGUCCAGAGAUUGGCCGACGAACAGCGGUGGCACCUGCCAAAGCUCGAAGCGAGCCUACGAUUACAAUAAUCGUAACCGUCAUCCAUGUCCGAUGUGCUUCCGCAGCUACAAGCACCGUAGCCACAUGAUACGGCAUUACAAGUACGAGUGUGGUAAGGAGCCUCGUUUCAAGUGUCCGCACUGCAUGUACAUCGGCAAACACAGGUCGCACGUCUAUACGCACAUCAGGAGCAAUCACAGCAAUCAGCCAGUUUACGCUCUCGACACCCUGCAGUUCUAAGUCGUUCCUUCGGCUCGCGCAGCGUCGAAUGUGAGAUUUACAGACCCCUCGGACUGUGCGAGGCCCCGAGGAAUAUUCCCGACAGGAAACAGAGAGUCGAGGAUGAGAAAAAUGAGUAUCAUUUUUUUCACAGAAUGGUAUAAAAAUGUGUAAACGUAGGAAUCCAACGUUGAACUUCACUUGGAGUACGUAUGGAAGUAAUUCGCAACAUCAGAGGACCCCAGUCCGUACCUUCAUUCGAUCCUGAAUCCGUUUCCGAAGUAUUGAAACGCAUCGAAAACAGCCUUCGUGUAUACCAGCCUCGACGAAGUUCCAGCAAGUUUCUUCGAAGCUGGUGUGCUACGAAUAAAAACAGAGUACUACAGUACUGUCUCUCUGCAGCAACUCGAGAGGCGGGUAGGUGAAAUUUAAGCGGUAUCUUUAGCUCUCUUGGUUCUGUGUAUAUCGAGACAAAGAUGAGAAACACCGACGGGAACGUGUUUCAAGCGGGGUCUUACUGUAUACUUAAACUUCGCCUCGUUUGUUUUCACCAGACUUCAUUUUUUUUUCCCGUCAUCACGGAGAAAAACUUAGCUUAGAGGAAACACUAUCUUCUCUUGCGAUCCCUUGAACGACUAAUACGUACAACUGAAAAUACGAAGUAUACAUACAUAUAUAUUCCUUAACCUACAUAAAUACUCUUUAUGUGCAAUCGCAUAGCAAUCUAGACGUUCUAAUUCUAGCGACGUUCGUGCGUCUGUAGCUGUACGGAGUACCAAUUUGACCCAACGGGUCUCGUGCGUUGAAAGAACAACAGCGAUGGUCCAGGAGACGACGUACACGAUAAUUGUCACUGUAGAAACUUCCAUUUACGCGAAUACAACAGUUCUAUAAUGAUAAAGUAGACUCACUAGUAGCUGCGACAGUUCGAGAGACAGUACUGUACAUGCGACCGAAACCUCGAUACUUUUCGCUAACGAAUAAUUUUCGUAACGACACUACCGUCCCUCUCCCCGCACAAUUUUCGUUGUAACCUUGUUCUUUUCUCUCGAUACUGUACAUUUUUAUUCGUAGCGACUGUAUAGAAAAUAAACAUCCUUAGCGUUAGAAACGGCUCAGUCUUUCCACCUUUUUAUUGCGAAUCCAUAUUUGUAAUAAAUAACAGCAGAUCGUUCGCGAUCGUUAGCAUUUUUUCCCAGAGUUUUGUUCGUCUACUUCGUCUUUGUGCGUCCUCCAGACCUCGUUUCCUCGUUUCUCACCUUGGACUGUACGAUAGUUUAUCGUUGAAUCCUCGUGACGUAACUAACCACGCUUGAACGCUUCCUUAUUCCAAGGAUCAGGACAUCCUGUUAGGACUUCAAGGCCAAUCGAAGGACCACGAAGCUCUCGCUCGUCAGAAUCUCCCGACUAACUGUCUCGAAAUCUUCU